AUGGCGGACGCGAGAGAGAUGAGAGAAGACGAGCUGCGAGCCAGACGGGAGGAGCUGGUCGCUGAGCUGAGGGUCAGGAGCUACCCGAGAAUGGGCGCUGCAUGGGGAGGAGAGAACAUGGAGCGAGGGAGGAGCAAGAACCCUUGGGCGAAAGAGGAAAGAGGGAUCAAGAUGGCGGAGCUGGGAGACAGACAGACUGCUCCGCAGGCUGAGGGGCACUGCGCCAUCGUCAUCGAGAGAGAAGGAGAUUCUUCGGCCGCCGCAAGGACGUCAUCGGCCACAGAGAUAGGAGGAGCGCAAGUGCGCGUCAAGGAGGAGGCAGCGUCACCAUCGGACACGCCCGCCCUGCAGCAGAAUGUCAACAAGGGGGUUUAUUACAGCCGUUUGCAGUACAACGGUAAGGCCGAUUGGCGAGACUUUGUAAAGCAGUUUGAAAUGAUGGCAAUGGUAAACAACUGGACAGACAGAGAGAAAGCCAGUAAUUUAAUUGCUUGUUUAGAAGAAGAGGCUUUACAUUGUUUAACCACCGUCGAUCUAAAUGGCUGUAGUAGCUAUGGGACAUUGGUUGCUGAACUGAGCGUGUGUCUGACAAGAGAGCGUGACGUUAAGCCCCGACAUGGGCCCCGUGCCGAUCACGGGAGAGAGAAUAUGCGGUGUGGGGGGAACAUGUUGCCAGGGGCGAGCCGGCAGCCAGUGAAAGCAGGCCGAUAUGACGGUAGAUCGCCGUGGGAGGCGUACCACGUCAAAUUCAGGAUGGCAGCGCUCACUAAUGACUGGGGGCCGACGGAGAAAGCAGGACAGUUGGCGGCUGCAUUAGAGGGAGAAGCGCUGCAGGUUCUGCUGGACUUGGGCCCAGACGAGGUGGCCCAAUACGAGGUGUUAACCGCAGCUCUCGAACGCCGUUUUGGGAGAGUGGAGCCCGCAGUCGGGUUGCGCCUGCAGCUGGCCAACCGCACUAGAGCUCCCGGAGAGAAACUGGGCGUACUGGCUGCUGAUGUCCGGUACCUGGCCCGGAGGGGGUACCCAAUGUUCCCGCCAGCCACCCAGGAGGACCUGGCUGUCGAGGCCUUUGUUCGCGGACUGACCCCGACCGCUCUACGUCAGCAGGUCCGGUUUGCUGCCCCAACCUCCCUAGAGCUUGCCGUGGCUCACGCCGAACGAGUCGAGGCGGUGCUCGAGGAGGGGGAGCGGGACCAUGCCCCUGGGAGCGAGAGUGGUCAGCAGAAGAGGCGGCCUGACCACACACCACCUAGAGCUCGCAUGGCUCAAGCAGAAGAAGAGGAGGCCCCGUACCGCACCAUUGACCCCACCUGGCCCCCGGAGCUUACCACCCUCAUCAGGGCGGCGAUCACCCAGCCAGCUCGGACUCCUGAGACCCCCCCACAGCUCAGCUGCUGCACCACCACCACACCUGACACAGCAACCGCAGGGAAACGCCAAGGGGCCCGCAUAGACGGGACGACGCGUGCCCCCAGUCCAGUCCCAUUAAUCGCGGACCACCCAGCUGCAGCGGCCGUCACCAGUACUAACCCGUGUAGCCGACAGAGCAGGGCGUCACCCCUCACGGAAACAGCCGACCACAGACAGUGCCAGCCAGCUAUAGCGGUAGGAAGGACCACUGCCGGGGACUUCUGCCAUGUCCCCGUCCGCAUUGAGGGGGUCCCGUGCACUGCUCUCGUGGACACUGGCUCCACGGUGACUCUCAUCCGCCCCGAUGUGCUCCCUGCAGGGGUCCGGCUGGAGCCCACCACCGUGCAGUUGCGCACUGUGACUGGAGAGCUAGCCCCCAUGCAAGGAAAGGGCAACCUUGCUAUUGAAGUGGCUGGACGGACAGUACACCACCCUGUCUGGGUAGCAGCUGUACAGGACCCCUGCAUACUGGGCCUGGACUUCCUGCGCUACACAGGCGGACAGCUAAACCUCCGGACCGGGACACUGCACAUACAGGGGAGCCCGGCUUUAGCUUUAGCCUCACCCCUUGGACCGCUGGGUCGGAGUCGGGACCCCUUCGCACGACAGUUUCGGGAUCUGCCGAGGACACAACGGACCGCCGCCAUGAGACGGGAGACCUCAGCACACCCCCGGGCUCCAUCAUGCGCCAGUCUCAUCAGGGACAAUACAGCGUCUCGACGGCCCCCACUCCGGAAGGAGCUACUGCUUGCACAGCCGCCUUCAGGUGCCAGCGCUCGCCAGCCAACAUGGCCACUCUCAGGCCGCAACGCUCGCCAGCCAACACGCCCACCCUCAGGCCGCAAUGCUCGCCAGCAUGUACAGCCGCCCUCCUGCAGUUCUAGCGUGGCCCAGGGGAAUGCAGCUCUCCCCCAGGCAGCCCCGCCACCCUGCCCGGCGCCGCCAACCGCUACCCAAGGGCUGCGGGAGGAUACCGCCAUGCCACGCCCUACUGUCAGGAGUAAUUCAGCGUCCCCAGCAAUCUUCCCUCCGCCACCAGUCUCCCCUGAAGACCCAGCUCUCAGCGCAGUGCAUGCAGUUUGGCUCAGGAGCUGCGAAGGGCUUUGCACAGAAGAGCGUCGCCAGCUGUGGGAACUGGUGUAUGAGUAUCGCCACAGUUUCACUACCGCCUCGGAUGACGUGGGGCGGACACACCUGGUGCAGCACCAGAUCGAGACGGGAGCCGCCCGCCCCAUUAAGCAGCGCCCUCGCCGCCAACCACUCGCCCUCCAGGAAGCCACAGAGCAGGUGCUGGAGGAGAUGAAGGCAGCGGGGAUCAUUGAGCCGUCCGACAGCCCCUGGACCUCGCCGGUAGUCAUGGUGCGGAAGAAGGACGGCAAGUGGCGCUUCUGCGUCGAUUACCGGCGAGUGAACGAUGUGACGGAGAAGGACUCCUACCCCCUUCCCCGCAUCGAUGAGUCCCUGGACUUGGUGGCCGGCUCUAGAUGGUUCUCUUCGCUGGACCUCCGCAGCGGCUACUGGCAGGUUGCGCUGGAUCCCUCUGCACGGCCGAAGACUGCCUUCUCCACUGGACGGGGUCUGUGGCAGUUUACUGUGAUGCCGUUCGGACUUUGCAACGCCCCCGCAACGUUCGAGCGGCUCAUGGAAAAGGUGCUGGCCGGAGUACCCCCCUCGGAGUGCCUGGUCUACCUGGAUGACCUGCUAGUCCACGGAGGGACCUUCCAGGACGCCCUGGCCUCCCUGCAUGAGGUGCUCCGGCGAGUGAGGAAAGCGGGGCUAAAACUGCACUCUGAAAAGUGCCAGCUGAUGCGCCAGGAGGUCUCGUUUCUCGGGCACCGAGUGGGAGCAGAGGGGAUCCAGACAGAGGUGGACAAGGUCACCGCAGUGAGGGACUGGCCUAUUCCCGUCAACCCCCGGCAGGUUAGAAGCUUCCUAGGGCUUGCGUCCUACUACCGCAGGUUUGUGCAGGGCUUUGCCACCAUCGCUGCCCCCCUGCACCGCCUCCUGAGGAAAGACGAGCCCUUUGAGUGGACCCCGGCGUGCCAGGAGGCGUUCGCCUCCCUGCAACAUGCGCUGUGCCAGUCCCCGGUGCUGGCUCCCCCGGAUGUCCGUUCUCCCUUCCUGCUGGACACGGAUGCAAGCAACGAGGGGAUCGGGGCUGUCUUAUCCCAGCCGGGUCCAGAAGGGGAGCAUGUGGUGGCGUAUUUUAGCCGGUCGCUCAGCAAGGCAGAGCGCCGGUAUUGCGUCACCCGACGGGAGCUGCUUGCGGUGGUGGAGGGGGUCCGCCACUUCCGCCACUAUCUCUGCGGGCUCCCCUUCACCAUUCGCACAGACCACGCUGCCCUGCAGUGGCUCCUGACGUUCCGGGAGCCGGAGGGACAGGUCGCCCGUUGGAUCGAGCAGCUCCAGGCGUUUCAGUACCGGAUCCAACACCGGGCUGGUGAGAAGCACGCCAAUGCGGACGCGCUGUCCCGUCGUCCCUGUGCCCGGGAGGGAUGCGCCCAUUGCAGCAGAAAGGAGGAGAGGGAAGCAGAGCUGUCCCGCCGGGGGGAAGAGCAAUGCCGGGUGGCAGUAUCGGCUGAGAGGGUGGACUGGAGAGCCCAUCAGGACCGAGACCCGGACCUCCGCCCCAUACUACAUUGGCUAGAGGAGCAGCGAAGGCCUCCCUGGGAGGAGGUGGCCCCUUUUUCCACCGCCACUCGGGGGCUGUGGGCUCAGUGGAGCGGGUUGGCCUUGCGUGACAGAGUCCUUCAGCGGCAGUGGAAGGUGCCCGCCACGGGGGAGGUGAGGUGGCAGGUGGUUGUCCCGGGGGCGAUGCGCCAGGAGGUGCUAGAGGCCCAUCAUGGGACCCCAGGCACUGGUCAUUUUGGAGUGACGAAGACCCUGAGGCGGCUCCGCCAGUCGUUCUACUGGGGGCAGUGCAGGCGAGACGUGGAGGACCACUGCCGACGCUGUGACAUCUGCACUGCCCGGAAAGGACCCCAGGGCCGGUCGCACGCCCCACUCCAGCAGUACCAGGUCGGGGGGCCUAUGGAGAGGGUUGCCGUGGACGUACUAGGCCCCUUUCCACGCUCAGAGAGGGGGAACCGGUUCGUUCUGGUGGCCCUCGAUUACUUCACUAAGUGGCCAGAGGCGUACGCUUUGCCAGACCAGGAGGCAGAGACGGUCGCUGAAGCACUGCUGGAGGGGUUCUUCAGCCGGUUCGGGGUCCCUCAAGAGUUGCAUUCCGACCAAGGGCGCAACUUUGAGUCCCGGGUCUUUGCCGGGAUGUGCCGGCGCCUGGGCAUCAAGAAGACGCGGACCACCCCUCUGCACCCUCAGAGCGACGGACUGGUGGAGAGGUUCAACCGCACGCUGGCCGUACAGCUGGCUGUCACCACCGCCACCCACCAGCGGGACUGGGACACCCACCUGCCUGUCGUGCUGUUGGCCUGCCGCUCUGCUGUCCAGGAUUCCACCGCCUGCACCCCUGCCCUGCUCAUGCUGGGGCGUGAGCUGCGCACUCCUGCGGAGCUAGCGUUUGGUCGUCCCCCAGAUGCCCCCAGUGUACCCCCGGGCCCUGAGUAUGCCAGGAGACUACAGGACCGACUGGAAUCAGCCCACAGCUUCGCCAGGGACCAGUUGCAGGCUGCUGGGGUACGGCAGAAGCGGAACUAUGACCUCCGAGUACGGGGGCGCCACUUCACCGCCGGGGAGCUCGUGUGGGUCUUCAGCCCCAAGAGACAGCGGGGCCGUUGCCCCAAAUUGGACAGCCACUGGCUUGGUCCUUGCCAUGUCCUGGAGAGGAUCGGGGACGUGGCCUACCGGGUGCAGCUACCUCACAGAGGACGCAAGGUAGUGCUACACCGGGAUCGGCUGGCCCCCUACCUGGGACAACACCCAGCACCAUCCGACCCAGCAGCUCCUGACAGUCCUCUCCUGCCCCCUCCUGAUCCACCCCGCUCUAACAGUCCCCCCACCCCCAGGGCUGAGGGUUCCUCCCCCGACGGUUCAGUUUCCCUGUCCCCUGUGGCUGACAGGAGCCCGUCCUCCACGCAGGGCUCCCGCCCGCAAAGACAGCAUCGCCUCCCGGGUCGUUUUCGAGACUUUGUUCUUCCCUCGGGGACGAGGGACUAA